AGCUUCACACCCAAAUGCCCACCCCAGGGAUGGUACUUUGAUAAGAAUACGAGACAAUGCCUUCCAAGUUGCACUGCAGCACCAUUUUCAAACCAACUAGAGUGCCAGGGAGUAUGCCGAAGUGGUGAAGCUUGCGGGUUCCAAGUGGAAAGUGACCUGUGCUUGCUCAAUGUGUUUCCUGUGUACGCCUUCAAUUCCCUCUCACGAAGUUGCUUCAUGACAUACGAUUGUUCUUUCUUUGGAAAUAAGUUCCCUACUUCACAAGAAUGCGAACUAACUUGCGGAACAAUGAAGGGCACCCUCCUGCCCAUUCUGCCUGCUGGUCAACAGAACCUUGUCAGCCAAACUACAUCUCAGGCGCAGAUGAGUCUUGGUGGUGGAAUUACAGUGCCGCAGUUACAAACUGCCGUAGGACAACAGCCGGGAAGCCCCAUACCGACGGGCACCGAGGUAUUGGGCCUACCUGGAAAUGUAAACCCUUCUUUGGGGAAUCAAACCACUCCGCAGUCAACGCUAACUACUGGCCCAGGAAUAGCGAUGACUCCAAUAGGAAAUGGCGACCAACAGUUGGGAGGCCCCGGAGCAAGGAGCACCCACGCCGUCGGCCCAUCAGGAAAUGUGAACCAACCUGUAGGUGCCGGACAAGCAACGUCGGCUCCAUCGAUGGUUAGCACUGGGGUUGCAGUGGGACAGGCAGGAGAGCAACAAUUGGGACGCCCCGCAGCAAGCAGCAUUCCUGCCCUCGGCCCAACAGCAAGCUUGAACGGAACUGUAGGUGCAGGUCAAGCGACUUCGCCGCAGACGAUGGCUGGCAUUGGAAUUGCUGUGGAACAAACAGCAAACGGGAAACAAGAAUUGGGAACGUCUGCAGUGAGCGGCAAACUAGGUUCCAGCCAACAAGGCAGUUUAGGCACUCCGGGCGGACAACACAAACCUGCUCAACAGUUGAACCUACCAACUUUGAAAGUAUAUAAAAGACCUACACCGCCUCCAAUAGAUGAGGAAUGCAACGUGACUGCACCUUUGGCAACCAAAAAUGAAUGUCAACGUCGCAGAUGGUAUUACAAUAAAGGAACUGGAGCGUGUCUGCCGAGCUGCAGCAAAAUCGCACCCUUCUCAAACAAGAUAGCUUGCGAUGGAGUGUGCAGGACUCCGGAAGCUUGCGAUUUUCCAAUGGCAAGCAUUCCUUGCUUCUUCGGUAGGGUACACCAAGUAUUCAUUUACAACCAAUUUACCAAGAAGUGCUUCAAGGGAUACGACUGUGGUUUCUUCGGAAAUAAAUUCCCCACUUUACAAGAGUGUCAAGACACUUGUAGAAAGCAUGAAGUAAAACGGAAACUGAAGGGCACUGUAACUACGCAAGGACAGAAUACCGGGUCUGGAGUAUCCUCUGGGCCAGGCCUUCUAGGUGCGGAAACAGGCACAGGUCGUCCAGUGGAUUCGUUGCUGUCAGGAUUGUCCAAUGUCCUACGUCUUGUUGGGCAUCUCACUGUAAGAGGUGCAGAACAACUGUCAAAUUCUAUAGGUAGCAGCUCUCAAGCCUCCGGCCAAGCAGGCAAUGCCAAUUCAUCUGCGAGUCGUCAACAUGAUUUGUCAGUUUCAGGAACAUCUACUAGCUCAGGCCUAGCAGGACAGCAACUGGGAACAGAAGGGUCUACAGGAUCCGUGAUCGGCAGUACACAACCUUCUGGUAGUACAAACAUCCUUGGGGCUCAGCAGCAAGGGUCGAUCGGUGGAGGUCUUAUAGCACACCAAUCAACAAACGCACAUCAGUCGACAAGCUCCUCAACAAGCAGCACGCAUUCCUCAGGCAGGACACAUAACGUCGUGGUGGUGCACCACGGUCACACUGGUGCAGGAACUAGUGCCAUGCAACCGCAAAGUGCGCAAGGGUCAUCUAUCUCCCCGUCACGCAGUUCCGAAGCCCCAGGCAAUACAAUUACCUUCGGGACUCCGCAGCUAGGCGGAACUGGAUCAAGUCUUCUUGCUCACCAAUCAACAUCCAAAGAAUCAACAAGCUCCUCAACUAAUCGUACAGAUUCCUCCGGCCAUAAACAAAACAUCAUGGUAGUGCAGCAUGGCCAACCUGGUUCAGCAAUCGUUGGUAUGCAAAACGAAGCAGGAACUGGGUCAACAAUCUCUACAUUGGGAAGUACUGAAGCAUCCAGCCUUACAAACAGCCUGCUGGUGAACCAUGGUCACGCGGGUGCCGGAAUUCUUGCUGGGCAGUCAGCAACAGGAGAAGGGUCUACAGGUUCCGCUAUCGGCAGUACACAAGCUUCCGGUAAUAGAAACAUCCUCGGGACUCCGCAGCAAGGGUCAAUCGCUGGAGGUCUUAUAGCACACCAAUCAACAAACGCACAUGAGUCGACAAGCUCCUCGACAAGCAGUACGCAUUCCUCUGGCAUGACACAUAACCUCGUGGUGGGGCAGCACGGCCAGACUGGUGCAGGAAUUAGUGCCAUGCAACCGCAAACAAGUGGCUCUACAAACAAUCUAUUGACAAGUGCGACAGGAGGCAUCUCUCUACCUUCUGGCCAAGUUUCUGGUUCCGGUUCCAGUACGGGCGAGCAAGCAGGUUCGUGGAAUUCUCGUGGUGAUACUGGCGCAGGGCUUUCAGCCACCGGACAUGCAAUGGCACAAGGGUCUGCAGGCUCCACAAUAGGCAGUACACAAUCCGGCACAACAAACAUCCUCGGGACUCAGCACCAAGGAGCACUCAACGGCGGUCUUGUAGCACACCAAUCAAUACACGGGCAUGAGUCCACAAGCUCCACAACGAGCAGUACUCAUUCUUCUGGCUCUGCACACAGCCUUCUGGUGGAGCAGCAGGGCCACGCUGGUUCAGGAAUUAGUGCUGUGCGUCCGGAAACAACUGUGCGAGGGUCUGGUAUUUCCCUUCCGGGCAGCUCUGAAGCCUUAGGCAAUACAGGAAUUAUCGGGGCUCAGCAGCAAGGAUCAUUUGGCUCAGGUCUUCUUGCUCAUCAAUCAACAUCCCAAGAAUCGACAAGUUCCUCAGCAAACCGCACAGAAUCCUCCGGCCAUAAACAAAACAUCAUGGUUGUGGAACAUGGCAACCCUGGUUCAGCAGUUGUUGGCGUGCAAAACGAAGCAGCAAAUAGGUCGACAAGCUCUACAACGACAAGUACCGAAGCAUCCGGCCUUACAAACAGCCUAGUGGUGAAGCAUGGCCAAGCGGGUGCCGGACUUCUUGCUGGGAAGUCUGUAGCAGAUGAGAAAUGCAAGGUGACUCCACCUUUGGCAAAAACAGAUCAAUGUAAACACAGAUGGUACUACAAUGAAGAAACCGGAGCGUGUCUGCCAAGCUGCAGUACAGUGGCACCCUUCUCGAACAAGAUAGCUUGUGAUGGCGUGUGCCGGUCUCUGGAAGCUUGCACUUUUCCAAUGAUAGGCACUCCGUGCCUCUUCCGUAAGCUACAUAAAGUAUACAUUUACGAUAGAUACAAGAAAAGGUGCUUCAAGGCAAACGAUUGUGAUUUCUUCGGAAAUAAAUUCCCUUCUUUACAAGAGUGUCAAAACACGUGUGCAAAGUAUGAAGCACAACAGAAACGGAAGGCUACGCUAAAGGGCAUUUCUCAAGCCUCUACGAACAGUCAGAAUACCGGUGCCGGUAUGGCUCAUCAACCGCCACCAUCGCAAUCUGGCAUACCUACUGGGCCAGGCUUUGUUGGUGUCGAAACAGGCACGGGGGGAGCACAUCUGUCAAAUGAUUUAGAUAGCAGCUCCCAAGCGUCUGGCCAAAGAGGCAAUACCGAUUCAUCUGUGAGACGUCAUCAUAGUUUGUCACUUUCAGGAAUGUCUACUAGCUCAGGAUUUGCAGGGCAACCACUCGGAACAGGCUCAGCACACAAUAAACUGACAAGUGGGACAGGAGGCAUCUCUCAAGCUGCUGGUCUAAUAAUUGGUUCCGGUGCAAGUGCGCCCGAGCAAGCAGCUUCUUCACAUUCCGGUGGUGGUACUAGCACAGGGCUUUCAACGACGGCACAAGGAAUGGGCAUGACACAAAAUCACGGGACAAGCGGCACAUCAAACCUCCAGUUCCAUCAUGCUGGCCAAACAUCCAGAUCCGAUUCAAACAGGGGUAAUCAACGAACGUCAUUGAAUACUGGUGUGGCUAUUAGUCCAGAGAUUGUAAUCACCGGCUUCGGAACGGGGAUGGCUCAGCCAGUACCAGUACUGGGCGAUCAGAACAGCCUGGGUAAUUUCAACCAGACUCCAAACAUAACCCCCCUGCCUUCUGGCCAGACGUCUUCUGGUGACCAGGCCUCACAAAAUGAUGUGAAAACCGCAAAUCAUUGACAUGCAUCACAAUCUUUGUCCAGUAAUCUGAAAAUUUCAGCUGGGUCUCAACUCAUUUGAAAAAAAAAUACCAUAGAGAAAGAAUCACAAUUUAAAACUCCACUUAUGAGUCAACACAUCAAAUCAUUUUUUCUUUUAUUGUAAUUUUCCUUUUAGCAGUUCAUUGGCACAACGGCGAAUUAUUCUACUGCAAUUGCUUAGUAGAACAGUGCAGAUUUCGUCCAUCUGUCUUGAUUACUGUGAUUUAUUUUGGAAAGUGCUAGCCAGAACUAUUUGUCUUAAAAUGCAACCGUUACACUUCCUCCGCGUCCUAUUUUUUUCGAGCUUUCCGAGCACUGAGGUAUGUGAUGAAUAGUAGGUAUCCUCUCCUUGUGAUGGGAAAUUGUUUACCAUAGUAAUGACCCGUUUUUUUUAUCCCGCCUUAUUGAGGAGCCCUUCACCUACCGACAGUAAAACGUUGCCGGCCCUACCUUUAUCUUCGAGGCGUUUAGCCUGCUGAUGCUGUAAAUAAGUGUCCGUUAGUUUAGGUCAAUGUUUAUUCAGUGCGCUACUAGAACUAAAGUUAGCUGCGCCUUCUUCUACUAGCUUGGAUUGGACUAACUUAGAAAAGAGGCUUUCUAUAUCGCGGAUCAGUACAACCAGCAGGCUAAAUGCUAUGUGACCCAAAAGUUCAACAUGGUAUCGUAGAGUGCGGGCUACAUGACGCCGUAAAAGUGGAACACAGGGUAACAAGGCAUUGACCAGGCCGGCAGGUAUGAUAACUCAAGAUUAAGGGUGUGCCGGAACUCAAAACAAUGUCUUAAUCCAAACACGGCGGUGCAGUGCUGGCAGUAUAUAUGGAUGUACGCCUUUAUUAGAAGAGACUAAGACUUGCGCAUCGCCACCACGACAAGACAACGCGUGAAAUCCUGUAAAAAUUUUACAUGGAAAAAGAAAAUUCCCACAGCGUCAGCUAGCCGUGAUUGGUAUUUCAUGAAAAAGAAAUUGCCUAGUUGCAAAGCAACCUUUUUGAUAAUAGAGUACUUCAGGUGUCUCGCGGUUAUCUGCUUUUAGCCUUUUAGAGCAAGGUGACGAAGUUCGGGCACAGCAGCAGAAGCAAUCGCCCAUCAUAACAAAAAAACAUGGUAAUUUUCUGCUAGUAUCAAAGGUCGCAAAGCGUGAAGACAGGGCGCCUGGUAAACAUAGUGGGUGAAUUUGUGAAGAUUUAAACAUAUAAGAAAGUACUUGCAAACAGCCAAUCCGGCAAAAUCAAGGAAGUGAUCCUGUCAUAAAAAGAACAUAAGUUAUUUAUGCACGUUAAACAGCCGUAAUUUUCCGCAUCCCUUAAUUUUGUAGGAAAGGUUAAACGAGUGAUUGGGAGAAUGCAGCCACAAGGCUCAGAAACUUGUCCGAUGGUUUAGAUAUGUUAUGCUGUGGUUCUCUAGAACUCGGAAGGUACACUCGUUUUAGGAAAAAGCAACUCUGGCAUACUAAAAAUAUUCAUGAAAGAAGAACAUAUAUACUUUCUAGCUCAGAAUUGCAUCAGCACACCAUUGAAAUCCUUGCUUCUUAAAGAACUAGAAUAUUUACAAGUGGCUGGAUAAUUGUUUCUCAUUACCUGUACUGCGACGGUCAGUGUUUGGUUGUGGUUUUGUGAGGUUUUGACAAUGUUUUUUUUUCGGGAUCUUUGCCCAGGAGGUGCAUACAUAUAUCCUUCUAAGACACAGGCCUAAAGUGUAGAAAACACUUGAUUGCUAAAUAAAGUUUCAU